UGUACUGCGCGCUGCCAUUUUGUGAAUUUUGUCGAAACUUUUCGACCGCCGGCGAGCUUUUCCGCGUUUCUCCCUUCUGUUUCUUGUCAGACUUGGGCCAUUCUGGUGGCCUUUCCCUGGGUCAUGAAUGCCUCUCACACGCAAUGAGCAGAAUUCAUCCCUGAAACCGGAUUUGGAGAUAGGGCCGAGAAAAAGGAGGGCGUCGGGCAGCAACCACAGGAAAAGAACAAGGGACGAUCUGUGCGAGUCGGGUGACGAAAACAACAUCGUAAUGGGGGAAGCGCCAAAACGGGCGAACUUUUCGGCACUGAGCCCGUCAAAUAAUGGAUUUACGAGCAGAGCCUCUCCUCUAGCUAACAGCAAGCCAGGGAGCUCAAAAAAGCUCGUCAUUAAGAAUUUCAAAGUGAGGCCAGAGUUACCUGAGAACUACCAGGAGCAAACAUGGCAGCGCUUGAAAGAAGCUGUGGAGGCCAUCCAUACCAGCCGACCCAUCAAGUACAGCCUGGAAGAGCUGUACCAGGCCGUUGAAAACAUGUGCUCCCACAAGAUGUCUGCUGCCCUCUAUGACAAGCUGAAGAUAGUGUGCGAGUCCCACGUCCGUUCUCAAAUUGGGCAGUACACUGGUGAAAUGCUUGACAGCCUGUCGUAUCUCAAACAGCUGAACACCUGUUGGCUUGACCAUUGUAGACAGAUGAUCAUGAUCAGAAGUAUAUUCCUCUUCCUGGACAGAACUUACGUCCUUCAAAAUUCCUUCGUUUCCUCAAUCUGGGACAUGGGCUUGGAUCUGUUCCGCACCCACAUCAUCAGCAACAAGACGGUCCAGCUGCGGACGGUAGACGGCCUCCUGCAGCUGAUCGAGAGCGAGCGCGGGGGCGACGUGGUGGACCACAGCCUGCUCAAGAGCCUGCUGCGCAUGCUGUCUGACCUCCAGAUCUACCAGGAAGCCUUUGAGAAGAAGUUCCUGGAUGCCACGGAUCGGCUGUACGCCGCCGAGGGCCGGCAACUCAUGCACGAGAGAGACGUCCCUGCAUACUUGGCGCACGUCGACCGGAGACUAGAGGAGGAAUCACAGCGAAUCAUGUACUACUUAGACCAUACCACAAGGAAACCGCUUAUAGCCUGUGUAGAAAAACAACUACUGGAGACCCACAUCUCAAUGAUUCUUCAAAAAGGUCUGGAUGAUCUGCUGGAUCUGAAUAGGACCCAGGACCUGGCCCUCCUCUAUAACCUGUUCCAGCGCACCAAGUCAGGCCUGAUCGAGCUCUGCCUAUACUUCAGUGCCUACAUCAAGAAAACAGGCACAACUAUCAUCAUCAAUCCGGAAAAGGACAAGACCAUGGUACAAGAGCUGCUGGACUUCAAGGACAAGAUGGACAACGUCAUGACAGAAUGCUUCGCUGAUAACGAGAAGUUCCAGAACACGCUGAAAGAGUCGUUUGAGAGCUUCAUCAACAAACGGCUGAACAAGCCCGCCGAGCUAGUCGCCAAGUACGUGGACAACAAGCUGCGAGCCGGCAACAAGGAAGCCACAGAGGAGGAGUUGGAGCGGUUGCUAGACAAGAUCAUGGUCAUCUUCAGGUUUAUCCACGGCAAGGAUGUGUUUGAAGCCUUUUACAAGAAGGACCUGGCCAAGAGAUUACUAGUUGGCAAGAGUGCAUCGGUGGAUGCUGAGAAGUCCAUGUUGUCCAAACUUAAGCAAGAGUGUGGUGGUGCCUUCACCAGCAAACUGGAGGGUAUGUUCAAAGACAUGGAGCUGUCCAAAGACAUCAUGAUUGCAUUCAAACAGCACAUGCAACAUCAAAACAUCCCUGGUAACAUAGAUCUAACGGUCAACAUUCUAACCAUGGGCUACUGGCCAACAUACACACCCAUGGAGGUUCAUUUACCUUCGGAGAUGGUCAAGCUACAAGAGAUCUUCAAGCAUUUCUACCUGAGCAAGCACAGCGGCCGCAAGCUGCAGUGGCAGCCCAACCUGGGGCACUGCGUGGUCAAGGCACAGUUCAAGGAGGUCAAGGAGCUACAUGUGUCAUUGUUUCAAAGCCUGGUUCUUCUCAUGUUCAACGAAGGGGACGACCACUCGCUAGAAGACAUUGCCCAGGCUACCGGCAUAGAGGACACAGAGCUGAGGAGGACGUUGCAGUCUCUGGCUUGUGGGAAGGCCAGAGUUAUCACGAAAACGCCCAAGGGGAGAGAUAUAGAAGAUGGUGACAGGUUCAGCUUCAACGGUGACUUCAAGCACAGGCUGUGUCGCAUUAAGAUCAACCAGGUCCAGAUGAAAGAAACGGCGGAGGAGCAGUCCAACACCCAGGAGAGAGUGUUCCAGGACCGGCAAUACCAGAUAGACGCCGCCAUCGUCCGCAUUAUGAAGAUGCGCAAGACCCUCACCCACACGCUACUGGUGUCGGAGCUCUACAACCAGCUCAAGUUUCCCGUCAAGCCAUCAGAUCUGAAGAAGAGGAUCGAGAGUUUGAUUGACAGGGAUUACAUGGAGAGAGACAAAGACAAUCAAAACCAGUAUCACUACGUGGCCUAGUAGCCUCCUUUCCAGCAGUUUGACCACAGCUGACCUCAGUGUGGAUUGGCUCUAGCUGUAAAUGGACACCUCCCGUGCAGGUCUUCUUGGUAGUUUUUUUUUUGGCUGUGUGACUGGUGAGGUGAGAUCACUUGUGAUAGCCAGGCAGUGGACCGCACCUUGAUGCUCUGUAGACUAGUCUGGCACCCUAGUCUGAUCCCCUCCCCCCUGCUCAGUGUACAGUGUGUUUCCUUACUGGCCCUGCAAAUUGGUGCGGUAAGUGAUGUCUGGCUUGUGGAGUCCACGCAUUAACAGGAGCGUACAAAGACAACCUGGGAUCUAACCCUUCAGAGUCUAGCCUGAGGAAUCUUUGUGGAAUGCAAAGCAAGUCCUUACCAGUGAUCCAGGAAGAGCAGACUGGUGGAGGAGACUACAUUUCUGGAUUCUGUUUGUAGAUGAAUACGUGCACCAGUGUUCCCCAUCCUAUUUUGUACUACACCAAUUGCCAUUAUCAGUUAAGUUGUUAGUCUUCAUACCAGCACAUUCACUGAAUACAAAGGAAGAGUCCAAUCUUUUCAGUGCUUUUUUCCUGUAAUCUAUUGGUGAAAGCAAAUGUAAAUGCUUUAUAUUGCUGUCAUUUCUGUUCCAAUAAUUUUAUGUAACUCCAUCUGCUGUAGGUAAAGAUUACUUAAUGCAUAGGUUCCAUGUAUAUGCAGUAUUCUUUCAUGUCCAGUCAUGAUACCAAAUCGUACUUGACAUCCAGUGCCUAUUUGGGCAGGAGGAUACAACUUUUUGGGAGUUGUUUUUCCUCAAGUACAAUUUUUCAGUGCACUCAAAGGGAUCAGUUCAUAUAUCACAGUGACACUUGAGGCGAGUGUCGCAACUGUAAGCUUUCAAAAUUUUUCUUCUGGUAAUGGAGUUAUUUCUAUUACCAGUGUUGGCAAUCUGGACAUCUGUGGCCCUUAGGAGAUUAUUGCAUUGCCAAAAUUAUGCUGUUGAUUUGAGUGUGAAAGGCUGAAAUGCACACAGUUACAUGUAUCUUCAUAGAGUCGGAUUAAGUCAGUCACAAGUCAAUUACUGGUCAGUCCACAAGUCAGUACGCAGUUCAGUUCAAUGGUAUCAGUAUACGAUGAUGAAAGAAUGUUUUGUCCAGUUCAUUUAAAUACAUGUAGACUGUGAGUUGAUUUGUGACAGAAACGACUUGUGUGCCUGUCUGUUGGUGACUUUAGCCUGACCCUAUUACAUCUGAUAUGAUCAGAGUUUUGGAGUUGCAUGUAUUCAGCUGAAAGUCUUAGUUUCAGGAAACUGGUCAGCCAAGAACUCUUGCAUCUAAUAGGCUAAGCUUCAUCUUCAGCUUAAUUUAUUUGAAUUUGAAUGGUACAUCUGGGGUUUUCUGGUUCAAAUCCAGGGCCCAGUUUCAUGGCUUUGCUUACAGUUAGCAGAAAAACCUCACUAACUGUGUGCAGUUACCAUCGGCAGAUUUCACAGGUUAACAAGGAAAUUUGGCUGAUGCGGUGUAAAUCCUGUUGCUUAAGAUUCUGUGCCAGCUCGACUAGCACAAAGUUUUUGUGCACAUUUUUUUAUGCUAGCGCUUUUAAGUGUGGAAUGCUGAUCAGGAGCACAGAAUUCUGUAGUUAGCAAAGCCAUGAAACUGGGACCACAUUCAUUUAAAUCUGCACUGUAAAAAUUUGUCAUCCAUCAUGGAAUGCACCGCACGUUCACUUUUCCUUCGAACUUGCUGUUUUUCAAAGCUGACUGCAUCCUUUGUCUUGAUACAUGCCCCCCCACCCCAGCCGUGACAUUUUCUUUUGUCUUUUGGAUAGCAGUGGAUCGUCAUUCAAUUUUUUCAAGAACACGUUAGUUCAGUGCCAGUUCAUGAAGUUUGUUAAUUCACUUUCUGUAAAGGUGGGAAAAGAUUUUAAAUAUAAUGUUUAGAUGGAAAACUCAUGGAAGCGACCCAGUGACAUGUAAUUACUGUAGAACUGGUUGGUGUGAGACCCUGAGAACAUGCAGCCAAGGACGCAGACGUAUGUGGUUCUUCAAGAGGAGUGUGACUGAUGUCUUGCUCCCUUUUUUAUUCAAGCACAUUUUUCCCCGAGAUAUUUGUUCAGAAAAAUUAAGCAUAGUUGCAGAAAAGUCGUACAUUUCCCGAAAAUUUCAAAUUUGCACCCAAAAAUUAAGCAUAGUUGCAGAAAAGUCUUAUAUUUCCCGAAAAUUUCAAGUUUGCACCCCAAAAGGUGAUUAACACUCAGUUGUCUCUAUCUCAGAUAUUUCCUACCGCUAGAACUUCACCUUUGCAGAUAGCUUUGUAGUCCUAUUGCCCAUGGAAGACCAUUACUUUUUUGUAGUAAUUUCCCAAGCAUUUAUCAUGCUAAAUUGUAACAAAACUGAAAAAAGCCUGUAAUGCCUUUCUCCACUCAGAGUAGCACUGUCAAAAUGUUUCAUGGGAGAAGUACAAAAUUGAGCGACUGGGAAUUAAAUUCAAUCAGUCCCAUCCUAUUCACUGGCUGUUGGUCUUUGUUUUAAUAACCACAUAUUUUAAACAUGAAUUAAAAGAACAAGAAAGCAUACAUGUAAUAUAUGCCGCUUUGAUGUAUUAAGCUGCCAGUCCGGCUUCGGGUUACUGGAAUCGAUGGAUUUUACUGUCAAUGAACUUCGAUUGGCCACACGAAGCUUUGAUUUACACAGCUAUGAAUAUGUCAUGUUUUUGACAUCCUGAACCAAAGUACAUGUAGCUGCGCUUCGCAUUCAUGAAUGUCAUUCGGCGCCACCUUUGUCACACUCGGUGGCAUGAAUUUGUUGGACAGCCCACAACCAACAAAAUCACAUUUCAUUGGCUAGGCGCUUGAGAAGUGUUGAUUUUUCCCAUUUUGGGCGGGGCUUAAUUUUUAACUGUCUUCUUUAUUUAAUGUAAAAAAGAUGGCACCUGAAUGUCUCCAAACCCUUUGUCGGGUUAGCAAAAGCAGUUGUGAUUGGUCAGAAAUAAAGGUUCUGCAGUAGCCUGAUUUAAGAUUUUCUUGCAAAUUUUAGGUAUUUUUGGUACCAUACUUGGCGUGUCAACAUUUCCUGCGUACCUCAAAUCUCAGGCAGAAAGUUCAAAGCCCGCUGACUUACCCGGCUGACAUUCUUUUUACUUUAAACAAGUUGUAUCCUUUUGCAUGAGUAAGUUAGAUUCUCUACAAGAAACAGCAACAUUACCUAAUUUGGGAAAUAAGUCCUUGUUUUUGUACAAUAUGAAUGUUUAGUUAAAAUCCAAAUUGUGUGUUUACACUGCUAUUGCUAUAUCUAACUUAUUUUCUGGCCCUGAAAAAGAUUAUUUUGUAAGCCGAAUAUUGCACAAGUUAGCUUGAAGUGUCACAUAAAGUAACUUAUAUUCAAGCUGGUUUUGAUAAAAUAACAAAUGACAUGUAAGCGGUAAGACUUUUGUGAGAAACAAAUGGCCAGGGUUAUUGUAAGAAACUUCUUAAGAUGUUGAUUAAACAAUUAACUAUGAAAACGUGA